AUGGAACCAGUCCCACACUCUCCUGAUGGGUACCAUGGUAAUCAUUACGGCCAUCACACCAGCUACCGACAGGGCUACCGUAGCGUGAGCUAUGGGACUAUCGCGUCACAUCAGGACAGUAGUGUGUUGGGCCAAAACAUGAACUCUGCACCUAGUCACGGCAAACCAACACUGUUGUCCUCUGUUAAUAAUGCUGGAGGUUAUCAGAGAGGUCCAACACAGAAGCAACACCCUUCAGGAGCGACACCCACUUUAAAUCAGUUACUUACAUCCCCAAGUCCGCUGAUGCGCAACUACGGCAGUGGCUGUCAGGAAUUCAACAGCUCUGCAGCUCAUCCACAGACCAUGGGGCUGAGCAAAGACUUAAGUUCUCGACAGCGCUCCGUAGUGCAUGGCUGGGGAGGACAAAGAAAUCACCUUAGAACGAGUCCAGGAAACAGUGGACAAGGUGUCAACGGACACCAGGGGCUGGGUGGGGGCGUUGUCUCUUUUGGAUCUGUGGAUUUCAUGGCAACAAAGCGUUCACAAGUCUAUGGAUCUGGCAACAACCCUUAUUCCCAACAAAGUGUCCCUUAUCCUAGUCAGCUAUAUGGAUCACGUACAUCACCCCGAUAUCCAAUGAAAACACAAGGUCGGGGUCAGUUGGGCAUGGAUGGAAUGCCGUACUUUCAACAACAGGCAGCUCCUCCAUUUUGCCACCAAGGCAUGGGCAGAUACUGCAAACCGGACCAGCCACCGUACCUCAGCCAGUCCUCGCAAAAGCUCAUGGCCCCCACACAACCCCUUUACACUGAGUCAAAGACCCCUUCACUGCAGGCCCCUGAAGAGAGCUAUGGAAAUAAGAACCAUUCUACAAGAUCUGCAGAGAAAGCCAACCCUGAAGAAAUGGGCUUGAUUCAACAGGACCACACCCUGAGCGUGCCAGACCAGCAUGGCUCCUCAGAUGAAAUGCCCACAGACACAGAGGCUGGGAUCCACUCAAUGGUCAAUUUGUCUGGCUCCACCACCAGCCAGGGCGAACAGGGUAACCCAGGCCAAUCGUCUCUCUCCCCUCACACAUCACCACAACUCUCUGGUGUACCCACAGGACCCUCGCCUUCACCUGUGGGAUCUCCCUUGGGCACGAAUCAAUCCCGUUCCGGUCCAAUUUCCCCCAGCAACAUCCCAGGGUUCACGCUUAACGUGCAAAAGAGCCAAACGCAUUGCGGCCCCCAGCAGUCCGGGAGCUCUGCAUCACCAAACCCCCCUCUGGGAGGUCAGAUGCGACAUGGGAUUGACUCCUAUCAGCAGGGUAGCUUCACUUUCUCUUGCGGGCCACAGGUUGACCAGUGUGGCCCCAAAGGUAACUGUACCAAAGCACCCAGCUAUGAAAGUAUACCCAGCACCAAUUACAGUGGGCCAGGUCCUGGCUCCAACAAUGGCCAAGGUAUAAAUGCUAUCAGCACCAUGCAUGGGCAGGAGCCUGAGCAGUCUGUGCCCAUGAGGGGUAAUGCCAGCUUUGGAAACCGGCAUUUGAGUGGCAUGGCACCCAGUUCACCCAGAGCCGUUGGGAUGACUGAAGAUGGGAUGAUGGCUGCUGAGUCAAAACAGAAAGCAGACAACAAGGAGGAAGAACCCCCCAAAAUCAAGUCAGCCACACAGGACAGCUCUCAGUGUAUGUCCCCCCCACCGUCCUCCCUGUCAUCCAGUUCAGGCAGUCUCUCCCCGCACCAUACUGAUGACAGUGACGGCAUGGACAGUCCAGCCUGGCCUAAGAUUCCCUCCAGCCCGAAGUCAGGGGCUGGCAUGCUUACUGAUGUAAAGAUCUCUCACCUAUAUGAGAUGGGUGUAGAGCCAGGAAGGAGGGUCUGGGUAGAUCGCUUUCUGUCCUUCAUGAAGGACAGGGGUACAGCUGUCCCACACCUGCCCACCAUUGGCAAAAAACCUCUGGACAUCUACAAACUUUACAUGGCAGUCAGAGAGCUCGGGGGCUUGGCCACGGUAAAUAAGAACAAAAAGUGGCAUGAGCUUUGUUGUACUCUGAGUGUGGGUACAGCCAACAGUUCAGCAAGCUCUCUGAAGAGACAUUACAUUCAGUAUCUGUUUGCCUAUGAGUGCAAGGUAGAGAGAGGAGCAGAAGCUCUGUCUGACUCCAGCCCCAUGGCAGAAAAGAAGAUGGAGCAUAACAUCCAUCCACCAUCGCCUGUUUCGCCUCAGGACCUCCACAAUCCUCAGGCUACAGUUAGUACUUCCAUGGCUGAGAUGCCAUCUGACUCACCUCACACCUCAACAGUUUCAUCGCAGAGUCAGAUGAAUCCUCUGUCUGACAACAGGAGCAAUUCCAUUAGCAUACAAGACCCAUUUUCAGAGAUCAGUCAACCAGCGUUCCAGAAACACAACUUUAUAACUGCUGGAGGCCCCCGUCAGUCAGGCCUAAAUAUGGACCCGGUGAUGAGAAUACAGUUUGACAACAAAGAUCCUUUUGCUGGAAUGAAGAAGGGUGUUCGGGAAUCCUACAUGACUGGUGGCAUGCAGGACAGGUAUAGCAGGGGUACCUCUGGCAGAAACAUGCCUGGACUGAGUCAGCAUUCACAGUAUCCCUAUGGACCAGGGCAUGACAGGAGACAUGAAGGCUACAGUCAGCAGUACCCAGCUAUGCCAUAUGUUGUUCACCCUGCAGGAAUGUACUCCCAGCAUCAGGAUACAGCAUUAAUGCAGGGAUACAAGAGACCUCUAGAUGGGAUAUACAGUCCUCCUGGGAAGAGACAUGAAGGGGAAGCCUACAACUUUCAUUAUGGCAGCCAGCAGCUAGAUAUGUAUGGUCAAUGUUCAGUAAGCUAUCUUGGCUCGGACCGCCAACCAGUGCAGGGUCUCUACCCGUACGGUCAAGACCUGAUACAGACUACUUGUCAAGGACUCCAGCAGCAGCCUCAACACCACAGGAUGAUGAGCAGGGGGCCCCUUCCUCCAGUGAAUGUAGCUGAAGGGCUCCAGCACAACUUGUGGCCCCCUAGGACAGACAUGUCCUAUACGUAUCCCAUUAGAUGUGGUCAAGGGUUCCCCAAUCCAGGCAUAGGACACAGGGAUGAUUUAGAGGACAUGCGGGCCAUUCAGGAUAGUCAGUGGCCUGGGCAUCACUGGCAGUCAUCAUUUGUGCCUUCCUCUUCCAGCGCCAUGAUUAUUCAACAGCCUCUUUCCUCAAACCAGUCACCAAACCACCUAUCCUGUGUUCCAAGCUCAGCGGCCUUGCAGAGCCCAUUUGAGGCACCCAUUUUGCCCAACAAAUUUUCCUGUAUGUCCUCCAUAAAGAUGCCAAAGAAGGGUAACUCUAUUCCAGGCACUGAAGGCACUGGAUCUUCAGGGCAGAUGCGACCCAACUCAUGUCGAGACCUUAACUACCCUGUGGGUUCUGUGGAGGCCACGCAGCCUCUCCUGAAACCACAGCAUAAAAUUACCUCAAAAGACACUGGAACUCCAGAGGCCUGGAGGGUAAUGAUGUCACUGAAGUCAGGUCUGCUGGCAGAGAGCACAUGGGCUUUGGACACUAUCAACAUCCUCCUCUAUGAUGAUAGUACUGUUGCUUCCUUUAACCUGUCACAGUUACCUGGGUUCUUAGAGAUCAUUGUUGAGUACUUCAGAAGAUGCUUGAUUGAGAUCUUUGGGAUCAUGGAGGAAUAUGAAGUGGGCAGUGCUGGACAGAAGACACUGUUCGAACCAUCUAAUGACCUCAAAGUAGAAGACUGCCCUCCAACUGAGUCGCCAGGGUCAAGAGAGGAGGUGCACAAAGACGAAGUUAUGGUAAAGAAGGAACAAGAAGUGAAGGAGAUAGAGGCAGAACAGACAGUUGAGGAAAUUUCACAGACUACUAGAGGACAAUCCUGUGUCAUGUCUGAGCCCAGACCCAAACAAGCCAGCAAAUAUGAUAAGCUGCCUGUAAUGAUUGUGUCCAAAGACGACUUCAUAGAGGACGUCUUGGAUGAUUUUGACCAUGUACAGGAAUUCAGUAGCGGACUGCUUCACUGGAAAGCGGGAGGUGGAGACACCACAACUCACAUCCAGACACACUUUGGGAAUCGGGGGGAAGCUCCUAUUCAGCAGGUAAGGUUAGUGACUGCCAAAGUUAAGGAAGAGAAAAUAAAAAAGAGUGUUCUGACCCCCUUAGGCAAAUUGCUGUGCACCUGUUCAAAGACCCUCUUGGAGAAAAACAAGUCCUCUUCCUCCUUGAGUGAUGCUUCAUAUCUGUCUCACCAAAGCCAGCAGCAGAUCGGUUUGCUGGAGGAUGAGCCGUGUUCUUUUGACAAGUCUCCGCUAUCCACCGUGACCGACUGGCAGGAUGGACUUGCCAGACGUUGCCUCUGCAUCUCCAACAUUAUUCGCAGCCUAUCAUUCAUACCUGGCAAUGACAGUGAGAUGUCCCAUCACCCAGGACUGGUGCUGAUCCUGGGAAGGCUGCUCCUAUUGCACCAUGAGCAUCCCAAAAGGAGAAGGAACAUGCCUAUAUGUGAGAGAGAGGACGUAGCACAGGAUGAACAAAGUCUGGCCUGCAGCAAGGACGAGUGGCGAUGGGACUGCUUGGCCAAGUUGAGAGAGAACACACUGGUCACGCUGGCCAAUAUCGCCGGUCAGUUGGACCUUUCUGUAUACCCAGAGAGCAUUUGUCUGCCUAUACUGGAUGGUCUGCUACACUGGAUGGUUUGCCCAUCAGCAGAGGCUCAAGAUCCCUUUCCUUCUGCAGCACCAUGCUCACUGCUUAGCCCCCGUGGGCUGGUGCUUGAAAGUCUUUGCAAACUCAGUGUGCAGGACAACAACGUGGACUUAAUCCUGGCUACCCCACCCCUGAGUCGUCAAGAAAACCUUUUCACCACACUAGUACAGUAUGUAGGACACCGUAAGCAGCAGGUCUACCGUGAGAUGGCAGUAGCCACUCUCUCCAAUUUAGCACGUGGUGAGUCCACAGCAGCACGCGGCAUUGCCAUGCAAAGGGACAGUAUAGGCAACCUCAUAGGCUUCCUGGAGGAUGCAAUAGCCAUGACACAGUAUCACCAUAACCCACACAGUAUGCUGCACAUGGGCCACUCACCCAUAGUGCCACCCAGUAGAAACAUGAUGUGCCAUUGUGCCACAGCAUUGCUAGCAUUGGCUAAAGUACCAGAGAACCAUCCUGGGUUUAUUCUUUAUGAAAACAGACUCUUAGACAUUGCUAUGUCAUCUGCACUCAACUCUGGUAUUUCAGCCAUUAUCUGUGACGUACUCUUUCAAAUAAGCAAGUCAUAA